AUGGAGGAGAAGGUGGAGUAUGUGCUUAAGCUCAUUGAAGAAGAUGGAGACUCCUUUGCCAAGAGGGCAGAAAUGUACUAUAAAAAGAGGCCGGAAUUGACAAACUUUGUGGAAGAUUCUUAUCGUGCUUUCCGAGCCUUAGCAGAACGGUAUGACAGCUUAUCAACAGAAAUGCAAAAUGCCAACAAUACCAUUGCUUCUGUUUUCCCAGAAAUCCACUAUGAAACAGACGAUGAAGAUGAAUUUGCUUCUUCUGGAGUUCCAAAGAAUUUUUCACAAGUCUCGGGUCCAAAUGUACCAAAGGUUCCAGGUAAAAAUUUAAAGGGUAUGCUCACAACAGCCAAGAAGAGAAUGCAAGCAAAGAAGCCAUCAAAAACAGCAGAUAAUAGUGGUACCGUUGCCAAGUCUGGUUUAAGCAAAAGUGAGGCUCUUGAAGAGAUUGACAAGCUUCAGAAGGAUAUUUUGGCCUUGCAAACUGUGAAGGAGUUCGUCAAGAGCUCCUACGAAAGCAAGCUUGCAAAGUACUGGGGAAUCGAGACUCAGAUCAUGGAAAUGCAACAGAAAGUUUGCAGCUUGCAAGAUGAAUUUGGGGUCGGAAAGGUGAUUGAGGAUGAUGAAGCUCGGACUUUGAUGGCAGAAGCAGCUCUAAAAUCAUGCCAAGAGGCAUUGUCUCAGUUGCAGGAGGAGGACCAUAAAUCUUCUGAGGAAGCAAGAGCAGAAUGCGAAAGGAUGGAGAAUGCUCGUGAGAGACUGAAGACCCUCAAGCAUGAGUUUCUUGAUGAUCAAACCGAUGAAGAGAAGCCAGACGACAGUUAUGAAUCAGCCAAAGCAGGAGAGAAGUCACAAAGUUCUAACCAAGAAAUGGAGGUGGUACAGGAGAACAUUGAGGAACAUUUUGAGGCAAGCUCCACCGGAUCUCUCACUGUAACAGAACUGGCGGAGAAGAUUGACGAGCUUGUGAACAAGGUGAUCAGCCUAGAAACAGCAGUUUCAUCUCAGACUUCUCUCAUAAUCAAGUUUCGAACAGAAAGCAAUGAACUCCAUGCUCAAAUUCAGAGUUUGGAGGACGAUAAGGUGAGUCUGGUUGAUGACACUCAUAAUUUGAGCAGCAGGCUGAAGGAAAUGGAGGGUAAAUUGCAUGGUGUUCAGGAUCUAAAUCAGAAUGUUGAAAACCAAAAAAAUCACCUACAAGCACAUUUCACUGAAGCACGUUGUAGUCUUGAUCACCUGUCUGGGAAAUUGCACAGAGUGAAGCCAGAUGAAGAGCUAGAGUUUACAGGUUCAAUUCAAGAAGAGAAGGGCUUACUAGUUGAAAUCAAGUCAAACGAAGAGUUUCCAAGCGCUGCAGGUGGAUUCAAAAACUCCAAUGCUUUGGAAAACGAAGAAGGAGAAGAUAUAAAACAACCAGAUCUCAGUGCAUCGCUUAAGCAUCAAAUAGGAGAAGACAAAGAAGCUGAUAACAAAUAUGAGAAAUGUCAGGACUCAAAGCCACAGGACAUAGUUGGUAAGCAAGAUUCUUUCCAACCAGCAGAGUGUCCUCUCAACACGGAGGCACGAUUAGCAGAGGCAGUGAAAGAAGAAGAUGAGUUCAACUGGAAGCAGAUGCUCUUGAGUGGGUUGGAGGACAAAGAAAAGAUUCUGUUGACAGAAUACACCACAAUUCUGAGGAACUAUAAGGAUUCCAAGAAGAAACUGAGUGAAGUUGAGAACAAAAAUAGGGACAGCCUCUUCGAAGUGAUAGUGCAGCUAAGAGAAUCAAAGAAUGCUAUUACUAAGAGGGACAAAGAGAUUCAAUCUUUGCGUCAGAAGCUGAACCUUGGGCAAGCCUCUGAUUUGAUAGAGGACCGAAGUGCUAAACCUGAAGGAAGAAACGAGGAUCUCUAUGUAGAUGAAGACAUUCAUCUCUCAAAGCAAGAAGAAGAGCAAAUCAAGCGGAUUUUGAUUGAUCAACCUCAAACCAUCUCAAUGAUUGAAGAAAAGCUCCGGAUGAACAUCGAUGCAAUACUAGACGGAAAUUUCGGUUUCUGGUUAAGAUUUAGCACAACAUUUCAUCAGGUACAGAAAUUCAAAACUGGGGUCCAAGAUUUACAGGAUGAGAUAAUGAAACUCAACGAAAAAAAUAAGCACAAUAGAACAGAGAUAAAAUCAGAUGUCCGGCCAAUAUACAAGCACCUGAGGGAGAUACAGACUGAACUGACAGUGUGGUUAGAACAAAGUGCACUGCUGAAAGAUGAAUUGCAGCGUAGAUUCUCGUCUCUGUGCAACAUUCAAGAAGAUAUAACAAUGGCUUUGAAGGAGGGCGUGGAAGAGGAAGAAAUCAAGUUCACCAGUCAUCAAGCUGCAAAGUUCCAAGGUGAGGUUUUGAACAUGAAACAAGAGAACCAGAAGGUUAGAGAGGAAUUGCAAGCAGGUUAUGAUCAUGUAACUGCACUCCAAAUUGAAAUUGAGAAGACCCUAGCAAAGUUGGAUGAGGAGUUUGGGCUUUCCAGAGUAAGUAACCAUAAUCACACAUCAACUCGGUCUCGAAUUCCGUUAAGUUCAUUUAUCUUUGGACAAAAACCAAAGAAGCAGAAACAAUCAUUUUUUUCCCGUCUGUACCCUAGUAGAAAAAUUUCAGUUCUGAGAUCUGGUGUUCCCAUGUAA